AUGGCUGCCAAAGACGGUGCCCGCUUCGACUUCAUCGUCGUCGGCGGCGGCACGGCUGGCAACACUGUUGCUGCUCGCCUGGCCGAAAACCCCAACGCCAGGAUUCUGGUCGUGGAAGCCGGCAUUGGCAACUCGAUUGACAAUGAAGAGAUCCGAACCCCCGGGCGGGCCAUGGAGAUCCGAGGCAGCCAGUACGACUGGGCCUACAAGACGACCAUGGUCAAGCGCGACGACUACGAACGCAUCGAGAAGCCCAACACGCGCGGCAAGGCCCUCGGCGGCAGCUCGUCCCUCAACUACUUCUCGUGGGUGCCGGGAUCAAAGGGCACGUUUGACAUGUGGGAGGAGUACGGAGGAAAGGAGUGGACGUGGGACCCCCUCGUGCCCUACCUUCGCAAGAGCGUCACAUAUCACGACGACGCCGGCCUGUACCCCAAGGAGCUUCACAAGAUUGGCUCGGGCGGUCCCAUUCCCAUUGCCCACGCCGAGCUGAUGCCGGAAAUGAAGCCGUUCCGCGACCUCUUGACCCGGGCCUGGCAGUCCACGGGCGAGCCGCUCACGGAAAACAUCUUUGACGGCGAGAUGCGCGGCCUCGUCCACAGCAUCAACACCAUCUACAAGGGUCGGCGCUCCGGCAGCUUCCUCGCCGUCGCCGGCAAGCCCAACAUUACCAUCCUCCCCGAGGUCCACACCAAGAAGCUCAUCAUUGACGACGCCGACCGCACCGCCAAGGGCGUCACCGUCAUUGCCGCCUCGGGCCAGGAGCUGAGCUUCUACGCCACCCGCGAGGUCAUUGUCUCCGAGGGCGUCUUUGAGUCCCCAAAGCUCCUCAUGCUGAGCGGCAUCGGACCGGCCCCCGAGCUGGCCCGGCACGGCAUCCCCCUGCUCGUCGACUCGCGCCACGUCGGCCAGCACCUGCUCGACCACCCCGGCGUCCCCUUUUGCCUCCGCCUCAAGGACAGCUACUCCAUGGACAGCCACGUCCUGCGAAAGGGCCCUCUCCAAGACCAAGUCCUGGCCGCCUACUCCAAGGGCCACGCCGGCGCCAUGGCAUCGCCGUUUCUCGAAAUGAUUGGCUUCCCCCGCAUCGACAAGUACCUCGAGAGGUCUCCCGAGUACCGCAAGGCCAAGGCGGCCAACGACGGCCGGGACCCCUUUUGCCCAUACGGCCAGCCGCACUUUGAGCUCGACUUUAUCCCGCUGUUUGGCAGCGCCUUCCAGUGGCACUUUCCGCACCCCAACAAGGGGAGCUACAUGACCGUCAUGGUCGACCUCGUGCGGCCCGUCUCCGAGGGCGGCGAGGUCACCCUCAACAGCGCCGACCCCCUGCAGCAGGCCAACAUCAACCUCAACUAUUUCAACGACGACCUGGACAUUAUCGCCGUCCGCGAGGGCAUCCGCUACGCGUACGACGUGCUGAAAAACGGCGACGGCUUUAAGGACAUUGUCGAGGACGAGUACCCCUGGGAGAUGCCGCUGCACGACGACGACGCCAUGAAGAGGACUGUCCUCGACCGCUGCCAGACCUCAUUCCACCCCUGUGGCACGGCGCGCUUGUCCAAGGAUAUCCAGCAGGGCGUCGUCGAUCCCGCCCUCAGGGUCCACGGGGUCAAGAACCUCCGUGUUAUUGACGCGUCUGUCAUUCCUGUCAUUCCCGACUGCCGCAUUCAAAACUCGGUCUACAUGGUUGCUGAGAAGGGCGCUGAUGCCAUCAAGCGCGACCACCGGGACCUUUACCCGUAA